AUAUUCUUCAUCUCCUUCCUCUAUCAUUUUCUUCAUCUUCCCUAUCAUAACCGAGAAAAAAACCUAAGGAUACAUCAACAUCCCUCACCAUCAACAUCAAAACCUCCAGCAAUAGAUUCAUUUCCACCAUUGAAUCAGAAAACAAAACACUUCAAAAAGAACCCCAACCACAAAACACAGGGCUAAGAUUAGCAAAGAAAACCUCCAUUUCUUAAUGUCCUCACCCUCUCCCAUAACCAACACCACCACCAAAUCUUCUCUCGUCGUCCACCACCUCCUCCCUUCCUAAUCUCAUUCAAAACCCCUUCUUUCCUAUUCAAUGUUAAGACUGAAGUGGAAGAUUAGGUAUUAGGAGGAAACCCCAAUCUUCCCCAAUUUUUUCUGAAGAGAGAGAAAUAUCUGAAAGGAGAGAAACCGAGCACAUGUGGGAGAGAAUCGAUCAUAAAGAGAGAGAGAGAGAGAGACAGAGAGAGAGAAAGAGAGAGAGAGAGAGAGAGAGAGAUUUGAAAGAAGAGAAAUUGAGCACCUAGGCUACGGAAGAUACCCCAAAAUCCACCAUCACUGACGACCAAAUCACCACCAACCCUAAGGCUCCUGACAACGCCAACAACGACGACGCCGGGCUCGAGGAAGGAGAGAUCAUCGACGUCGAUGACUCCUCCGCCCCUUCCAAACCCUUCUCCACUGCCCUCGUCCGCCAACCCCAACAUCCUCUCGAGAAUUCUUUGACCUCUUGGUUCGACAACCCUUACAACAAGAGCAAGCAAGCUGCUUAGGGUAGUAACAUCCGCCCCAUCUACACCUUCGCCACCGUUGAGGAGUUUUGGAGCUUCAUGCUCUUUUCAUGAAUUAGGGUUUCACCACCAUUUUUGAAACCUUACAUUUCCCACCUCCAAAGCUUGUUAAGACCUCUGGGAUCAACAUGGGUAAGCAUCUUUUGCUACUGGGUUUCACUCUUCAGCUCCUGGUUGGCACCCUCUCAGUCUCAGCUGCACCCUCCACCACUUCCCCUGCAAAAAUUGUUAGUGGGUUCGUCUCUAAUGCUGUGCCUGCUUUCACCAAAUGGGUAUGGUCACUCAAGGCCACCACCAGAACGGCGGUUUCCAGCAGGUCGAUGAUGAAGUUCGAGAGUGGGUACAGUGUGGAGACUGUGUUUGAUGGAAGCAAGCUCGGAGUUGAGCCUUAUGCUGUUGAGGUGUUGCCUAAUGGGGAGCUUCUGAUUCUGGAUUCUGCUAAUAGUAACCUUUACAGAAUCUCCUCCUCACUUUCUCUGUAUAGCAGACCAAAGCUGGUGGCUGGAUCAGCUGAAGGAUAUUCUGGACAUGUUGAUGGGAAGCUUAGAGAGGCUAGAAUGAACCAGCCAAAGGGAAUAACUGUUGAUGACCGAGGAAAUAUUUAUGUUGCAGAUACUAUGAAUAUGGCAAUUAGGAAAAUUAGUGAUUCAGGGAUCACAACGAUUGCUGGAGGAAAAUGGAGCCGUGGAGGGGGCCAUGUUGAUGGACCAAGUGAAGAAGCUAAAUUUUCUGAUGACUUUGAUGUGGUUUAUGUUGGAAGCAGUUGUUCUCUACUCAUUGUAGAUAGAGGAAACCGAGCUAUCAGAGAGGUCCAACUCCACUUUGAUGACUGUGCUUAUCAUUAUGGAAGUGGAUUCCCACUUGGUAUUGCCAUGCUUGUUGCGGCUGGGUUCUUUGGGUAUAUGCUGGCAUUGCUGCAGCGUCGGCUUGGUACAAUUGUGGCAUCCCAGGAUGCCCCGGUUCCGGUAACAGUGAGGUCUUCUGUUUCCCCAAGUCCAUAUCAGAAGCCCUUGAAAUCUGUCAGGCCUCCUUUAAUUUCAUCUGAAUAUGAACAUGAUAAGCAGGAAGAAGGUUUCUUUGGAUCACUUGCGAAGCUUCUUGCGAAUGCUGGUGCAUCAAUGGUGGAGAUAAUGGGAGGAUUAUUUCCAGCUUUCAGAAGAAAACCACAGAGCUACCAAUUUCAAAGGCAACAGCUGCUCCAACAACCUCCAAAGCAAGUAAAUGAUUGGCCUGCACAGGAAAGUUUCGCGAUUCCCCGUGAAGAUGAGCCCCCUUCUAUCGACCCAAGAACCCCAACCCCUCGAAAAACUUACCCUUUCAUGUCUAAGGAUGCUGAGAAAAUGCAGCAGUUACGGCAAAGUAGAGCGUUCUAUAGCAGUGGAUGGGAUGGAGAUCUUCAGCAACAACAGAGACAUCAUCAUCGCCAUCAGUAUAGUUCAUCAGUCCCUCAUACUUACUAUGAACAGAGCCAUGAAACCACUAAUGAGAUAGUUUUUGGGGCAGUGCAGGAACAGGACAGGAAUCAGGAGUCUGUUAUCAAGCAUGUGGAAUAUGGGGGCUCAUUGUUUGAACAUAACAAUAUUCGGCCUCGAAUGAGUUCUUUGGGUUAUGCCCACAAGUACUAAGUGUAUACAUUUAGGAAGUUUAGAACUAAUGAAAACUCAAUCCAGCUUUGGUUGGAUAGAGGAUGAAAUCAAGUAUAGUUAGGAUAAUGAUUUCUUUCGGUGGGAUUUUAGCAAGGUGAAGUUGAUGAUCAUAAUAUAAAUUGUUUAUUCAGUUUUGCCAA